GAGUGGGAGCAUCUGGAGCUUGAUUUGGAGCGAGGAUCCACGUAUUGUUUUAAGAAAAUGGCAGACAAGCCGGACAUGGGGGAAAUCGCCAGCUUCGGUAAGGCCAAGCUGAAGAAAACCGAGACGCAGGAGAAGAACACCCUGCCGACCAAAGAGACCAUUGAGCAGGAAAAGCGGAGUGAAAUUUCCUAAGAGCCUAGAGGAUUCCCCACCCCCAUCAUCUCCGAGACCCUCGUCGUGAUGUGGAGGAAGGAGCCACCUGCAAGAUGGACACGAGCCACAAGCUGCACUGUGAACCCAGGCACUCCGCGCCGAAGCCACCGGCCUGUUGGUCCCUCAGGGGACCCCCAAUCAGACUGCCAAAUUCUCCGGUUUGCCCUGGGAUAUUAUAGAAAAUUAUUUGUAUGAUUAAUGAAAAUAAAACACCUCGUGGCAAAAAAAAAAAAAA